GGGCCGGUGGGCAGGGCAGGCUAGGGGCGGUGCCAGCGGUGCCAGCGGCCCUGCGCUGCCGGGGGGUUUCGGCAGUACCACCGAAGCUCUCUUUUCCGCGGGGUGGUUUGCACAGCAGCUCCGCGGAGGUGUCAUGAAGUCCCCGGUCCCCGACACGACCCCGAGCGACUGCGAGGAGGGCUCGGACUGCACGCCGCUCCUGCAGCACGCCCCGCGGGCGGAAACCGCUCCAGUGUGCUGCUCUGCUCGUUACAACCUAGCAUUUUUGGCCUUUUUUGGGUUCUUCGUUCUCUAUUCCUUACGGGUGAAUCUGAGCGUUGCGUUAGUGGACAUGGUAGAUUCAAACACAACUGCAGCAGAGAAUAGAACGUCCAGUGAGUGUGCAGAGCACUCUGCACCCAUAAAAGUUCUCCAUAACCAAACGGGUAAAAAGUACCAAUGGAAUGCAGAAACCCAAGGAUGGAUCCUUGGGUCUUUUUUUUAUGGCUAUAUCAUCACACAGAUUCCUGGAGGAUAUAUUGCCAGCAGGAGUGGGGGGAAACUGCUGCUGGGGUUUGGGAUCCUUGGCACCUCUGUCUUCACCCUGUUAACUCCCCUGGCUGCAGAUUUCGGAGUUGGAGCCCUCAUUGCACUCAGGGCGCUAGAAGGACUAGGAGAGGGUGUCACAUUUCCAGCCAUGCAUGCCAUGUGGUCUUCUUGGGCUCCCCCUCUUGAAAGAAGCAAGCUUCUUAGUAUUUCAUAUGCAGGGGCACAGCUUGGGACAGUAGUUUCUCUUCCUCUUUCUGGAAUAAUUUGCUUCUAUUUGAAUUGGACUUAUGUCUUCUACCUCUUUGGUCUAGUUGGAAUCAUUUGGUUUAUUUUAUGGACCUGGUUAGUUAGUGACACACCAGAUACUCACAGGACAAUCUCCCCUUAUGAAAAGGAGUACAUUCUUUCAUCGUUAAGAAAUCAGCUCUCUUCACAGAAGUCAGUGCCAUGGAUACCCAUGCUAAAAUCACUGCCACUUUGGGCUAUUGUAGUUGCACAUUUUUCUUACAAUUGGACUUUUUAUACCUUAUUGACUUUAUUGCCUACUUAUAUGAAGGAGGUCCUAAGGUUCAAUAUUCAAGAGAAUGGGUUUUUAUCUGCAGUCCCUUAUUUCGGCUGCUGGGUAUGUAUGAUUCUGUCUGGUCAAGCUGCUGACAAUUUAAGAGCAAAAUGGAAUUUUUCAACUCUGUGUGUCCGAAGAGUUUUUAGCCUUAUUGGAAUGUUUGGACCUGCGGUAUUCCUGGUAGCUGCUGGCUUUAUAGGCUGUGACUAUUCCCUGGCUGUUGCAUUCCUAACCAUCUCAACAACCCUAGGAGGCUUUUGCUCUUCUGGAUUUAGCAUCAGCCAUCUGGACAUUGCUCCUUCGUAUGCUGGUAUCCUUCUGGGCAUCACAAAUACAUUUGCCACUAUUCCUGGAAUGAUUGGGCCUGUCAUUGCCAGAAGUCUGACCCCUGAGAUUCAAAGGCAAAAUUACAAGACUCUACAUUUGAGAAACUCAUCAUUUGGAGAUUAUCUGCAAUAAAAGUACAGUGUGACAGAAGCUGAAGAAGAAAUGUAUGCAGAGUGCCAUGGGCCCAGAGGAGGGCACAACCAGUUUAUGGGGAAGGAGCUUGGAGGAGUGGCCAGGGGUGAGGGCAGGGCAGGCAGUGGGCCUGCAUUGCGGCACUGAGGCCCCAGGAACACGCUGGGCCCAAGCAACUGGUCCAGCCUGAGGCUGUAAGGCAGCGUGGGGCCAGAUCACUAAGCAGAAGCACUGAGUUUGUGUAAAAAAUCAAAUUCACUGACCUCACAGGCCCUUUUCUACUGUUUAAGAAACUGGAGAGUUCCCAUGGUGGCUCAGCAGAAAUGAAUCCAACCAGUAUCCAUGAGGACUUGGGUUUGAUCCCUGGCCUCACUCACUGGGUUAAGAAUCCAGCAUUGCAGUGAGCUGUGGUGUAGGUUGAAGACGAGGUUCAGAUCCAAGUUGCCAUGGCUGUGGCUAUGGCAUAGGCCAGCAGCUGUAGCUCUGAUUCAGCCCCUAGCCUGGGAAAUUUCAUAUGCUGUGUUUGUGGCCCUUAAAGAAAAGACCCCCCAAAAAAGGAAAACUGGAGUUCCCUCUGUGACAUGCAGGUUAAGGACCUGGUGUUGCUGCAGCUGUGGUUCUAGUUACAGCUGUAGUGUGGGCUCGAUUCCUGGCCAAGAACUUCCACGUGCACUUCUUUUGGGUGCAGCCAAAAGAAAAAGAAAAAAAAGAAGAAGAAGAAACUCUAAAGAACCAGUGAAAUGUAUUCUUCAAGAGGCUGAUCUAAACCUCUAAAAGAGACUUAAUUAUCUCUGUUUUGUCUCUGUGAUGAAAUUAACACUGUCUAGUCCUUGGAAUUUCAAGAUAUACCUACAGGUUGUCUUAUUACCAAAUACUGAUUGCACAGGUGGUGCUCUUCCAUUUCUAAUUCCUCCCUCAAAUGAAUUCAUGCCCUUCACUACUAUUUUCUCUCACUUAAGAGGAAAGGAUACUGGGAAGUCUCAGGAUGUUUAAUGUUCUCUUCAGGGAGCAUGGUGGCAACCUAAGAACCUAAGUCAGCACAUUUCCAUGAGGGAUUGAGCUUGUUACCCACAGUCCUGGCGCUUCUGCUGGAAAGGUGCAGUCUCUGGAACUUAAGCCUGCAAGGCUUAUCAAGUGGGAACUGAACUGGGUUUCAGAUAUGUUGUUAGAACAUUUUUUUAAUCUUAUUAAAAGACCAUUAUUUUUUUAAAGGAAAAACGCACUUGCCUUUGUAAUUUCUUACAAUGCAAGUUUACUGCACAGUCUCAAAUACUUUGUGGAAUGAGUCAGAGCAUAAAUAAAUAAUGAUAUAAAAGUCAAAGUGUGUCUGAAGUUCAAUUUUUUUGUGGGGCAGGGGGUGCAACCGCGGCAUAUG